AUGGCGCACCUGCUUCGGGUCGGGCUUUCGGGUCGCCUAUCCAGUACCGGCGUGGCCGGAGCCUCACGAUCCAUGUCCACCGGGUGGUGGCGCCACGUGGAGCCUGCCCCCAAAGAUCCCAUCCUCGGCGUCACCGAAGCUUUCCUCGCCGAUCCUAGUCCAGACAAAGUCAACGUCGGCGUGGGUGCAUACCGCGAUGAUAAUGGAAAACCGGUGGUUCUCGAGUGCGUUCGAGAAGCCGAGAGGAGGAUAGCCGGCAAUCUACACAUGGAAUAUCUGCCCAUGGGAGGAAGUGUGAACAUGGUAGAGGAGACUCUAAAGCUGGCAUAUGGUGAAAAUUCUGAGUUGAUCAAAGAUAAACGAAUCGCGGCUGUGCAAGCUCUUUCGGGAACUGGUGCAUGCAGGCUCUUUGCCGACUUCCAAAAGCGUUUUUCCCCUGAUUCCCAAAUCUACAUUCCGGUUCCUACCUGGGCCAAUCACCAUAACAUCUGGAGAGAUGCCCAUGUACCUCAGAAAACAUUCCAUUAUUAUCACCCAGAAUCAAGGGGUUUGGACUUCUCCUCGUUGAUGGAUGAUGUAAAGAAUGCACCAAAUGGGUCUUUCUUCUUGCUUCAUGCUUGUGCUCACAAUCCAACUGGAGUUGAUCCUACCGAAGAACAGUGGAGAGAGAUCUCACACCAAUUCAAGGUUAAAGGACAUUUUGCCUUGUUUGACAUGGCUUAUCAAGGAUUUGCAAGUGGUGAUCCAGAAAGGGAUGCCAAGUCUAUCCGGAUUUUUCUCGAGGACGGCCACCUGAUAGGUUGUGCCCAAUCUUAUGCAAAAAAUAUGGGACUUUAUGGUCAAAGAGUUGGCUGCCUCAGUGUGGUUUGUGAGGAUGCAAAACAAGCUGUUGCGGUGAAAAGUCAGUUACAGCAGCUUGCAAGACCUAUGUACAGUAAUCCUCCUGUUCAUGGUGCCCUGAUUGUUUCCACCAUUCUUGGUGAUCCAGAUUUGAAGAAAUUGUGGCUGAAGGAAGUAAAGGGAAUGGCCGAUCGCAUCAUCGGGAUGAGAACCUCUCUUCGAGAAAAUCUUGAAAAACUGGGGUCACCUCUUUCGUGGGAGCACGUAACCAAGCAGAUCGGCAUGUUUUGCUAUAGUGGAAUGACACCUGAGCAGUAUGGCUGGAGUCACUACAGGCAAUGUUGGUUACUUGGCGAAUGCUAUACAUGA